ACAAACAUAGAGAGAUUUAACCAUUUGCUAACAUGUCUAAAGGAUGAUGCAUUAGGUACUGUGAAAGCUUUUCAAAUUUCGGAUCUAAAUUAUGAGAAGGCAUUGAUUAGUCUAAAAAACGUGUACGAUAAUAAAUGUUUGAUCUUUUUUGACACGAUUUCUCAGCUGUUUGACCUCCCGCAGGUAUCAAAACCCUCUGCAUCAGGCUUGAGCUCUCUUAUAGAUGAAAUAUCGGCCCUCUACGCAUCGUUAAAGUCCUUGGGUAGUGAAAAGGAAAUAAACAACGCAAUUUUUAUUCACAUAGCAAUGUCCAAAGUAGAUCACACAACAAAAUCCAGAUUUGAGGAACAGCUAGAUUAUAAUACGUUGCCGACAUGGUCUGAUUGUGCGACUCUGUUGAAUCGGCGAUAUCAACAUUCAGCUGCUGAAGAGUCAACCAAAAGUAGAGGGAAGCCUAACCAAGGUUUGUGACGAACACGGUGUAGUGGAUACCGACUGGUUGCAUACUCUGCCUACGGGAACGGCCUAGCUCAGGGAAGAGGCAAGGGGGUCGGUUACUUCCUAAUCAGCAUCACCGCCACACAAUAAAAAUUUGUAGACAGAGUUAGGAAAGGGGCUACAGUCUUCUGGAACGAUACGAAGUCGAGACAGGAAACCUUGCUGUUGGAAGAACUAAGGUGGUGAGGUUUUUCUGCUUUUCCCGCCCUUCCUGUAAAGAAACAACAACGAAUUGCUGCUGUCCUUACCCAUCUAUAUUGAAAUCGAUCAGCUCAGGUGCCCAUAAAAAUUAUAAAUUUACUUCAUUUCCAAUAUAAAAAUUCAAUACAAAAACAUAAUUGCUUCUUCUUCAGACUCAUGAUUAACCUAAACCCUUACUCCUAAUUGGUCCUAAUUCCACAAAAUGAGUUUAAUCUAGCUUAAUUUACAAAUUGGAAUGUAAUAUAAAAAUGCGUAGAUAAAGAAUUAUUUGUAUGUAUGUAAAGUAGGAGUUAAGGUAGAACGUCUAUCCAAUCAUUUGGAUAUGGACUGACUAUUCAUAUUUUUUUUUCUUCUCUAGAGCCACUGUUACAUGAUCAAGUCACAAUGUUUACUCACGCAACCAUCCCUCGAAGUCCGCAGGCCUGUAGACGAGAACGCUGGAUGUUUUGGGGUGAUCAGGUUAAAUGCGAAUUAGAUUAUGGAGUUUUGAUGUACAUGUUGCCAAAAUCUUAUCAAUGCUCUACAGGAAAAGAAGAUGAGUCUAGGUUCGUCGGGAGGAGAGGGCUGCCGCAGAAGAUGUACAGCGACAACGCCACGAACUUCGUGGGAGCGAGCAACGUGCUCAAGGAUCUGAGCGCAGCGUUUCACCGCAUUCAGGAACAGUUGAGAGGAUACGCGGCUCAGAAAGGCGUCGAGUGGUAUUUCAUACCGCCGAGGUCACCACACUUCGGAAGACUGUGGGAGGCAGCAGUCAAGGCCGCCAAACACCGACUGCUGCGAGGAGUCGGCAACGCCAAGCUGACAGCGGACGAGCUCAGCACCCACCUGGUCGAGGUAGAAGCGCUGCUCAUUUCUCGACCAAUCGCGUCGCCAGGCAACGAUCCCAACGACGGAGAGGCCCUGACUCCAGGACAUCUAAUUAUCGGACAGCCUCUGAUCACGCUGCCGCAAGAGUCCGGCAUAGGCGGAAUCUCCAGCAAGGCCAGUUGCGGAUAUUUGAGGCGGUGGCGAAUGCUGUCCGAUCUCAAGCAGCAGUUUUGGGCCAGCUGGUCCAAGGACUACAUCGCCAGCAUGCAGCAUCGCAACAAGUGGUGCGUCGAGGGCCGCAAUCUGGAGGUCGGGUGCCUGGUGCUCGUGCACGAGGACAACAUGCCCCCGCAAAGGUAGCUUACAGGUCGCGUGGUGGCAACAACAGUCGGUGAGGACGGAAGAGUGCGUGUGGCGGAGGUACGGACGUCAGGCGGCAUCAUCGAGCGCGCCGUCCACAAGCUGGCAUUGCUGCCAGUAAGCAACGCUCCUAAUGAGGAGGUUAAAGCGCCGGAGGCCUUCAACGGGGCCGGAAUGUUAGAGCAGUAGAUUAAGUUUUAUUGUUAGUUUUAAGGAUAGAUGAAAAGAAAGAAUUAAUUGAAUUAACAUUACCCGUCGGACCUCGAAGCAGCUGGCAGCA